GUUGUUACACACAAUUAGCAAUUAAAAAUUUUUUAAAUACCUAACAUUAUUACCUUUUUCUCUUAUUUUAGAUGCUUUGCCUUUAUGAGCUCUUGCCCCUCAGAAUUUAAUGCAUGGCCUUCAUGUCACACAGGACACUAGAACAGGAUUGUUGCUUUUCAUGGUUAAUGUGUCACUGACAGGUGGGUCUAAGGGAGCUGAGUUAUUGGACCGCAGUAUGUGAGUCUUUCUGAACUUGGGAUUUUACAGUAUAGUCAAUACAUAUCUGCCUGUCUAAAUAAGAUCUCACUCACUGAGAACAAACAGCUGACGGCUUCAGAAGUGCACACCAGCGUGAGAACAACAAUGUCAAAUACAGAGGGUGCCCAUAGUUUUCCAGACAUGAUCAGGCAGAAACGAGAUGGUGGUCAACUCAGCACGGAGGAGAUCCAUGCUUUUGUACAAGGAGUAAAGUCAGCCACCAUUCAGGAGAGUCAAAUAGGUGCGAUGCUUAUGGCCAUAUGGCAGAAGGGCAUGGUUCCUGAAGAAACCCUGGCAUUAACACAGGAGAUGAUGAUGUCAGGUGAGGUUUUCCACUGGCCAGAGGAAUGGGCUGGACUUGUGGUGGAUAAACAUUCAACAGGUGGAGUCGGAGACAAAGUUAGCCUCCCAUUGGCCCCCGCUUUGGCUGCUUGUGGGUGCAAGGUUCCUAUGAUAAGUGGACAUGGAUUGGCACACACUGGUGGCACACUGGACAAGCUGGAGUCUAUCCCUGGUUUUACAAUCAACCAGCCAGUAGAGCAGGUGAAGCAGAUACUGCAGGAUGUAGGCUGUUGCAUUGUGGGUCAGACAGAGGCUAUAGUGCCUGCAGAUCGUGUUCUCUACACUCUCAGAGAUGCCACUGCUACUGUGGAGAGUCUGCCACUGAUUACAGCCUCUAUCAUUUCGAAGAAAGGAGCUGAAGGUCUAAAUGCACUUGUGGUGGAUGUGAAGUUUGGUAGGGCUGCUUUUUAUAAAGACCUGAACAGCGCUCGAGCCCUCGCUAAGUCACUGGUUACAGUGGGAAACAGAUUGGGGAUAAACACAGGGGCAGUGCUUAGUCGGAUGGAUGCUCCUAUCGGUCGUUGUGUGGGAAACACUGUGGAGGUGUCUGAAGCCUUAGAAUGUCUCAAGGGCCGUGGCCCAGAUGACCUCAAUGAACUGAUUACGUCUUUGGGUGGCUACCUGCUGUGGAUGAGUGGGCGAUCAGCGACACUGGAAAGUGGACAGAAUGCAAUUAGCAAUGUCCUGAGAAAUGGGAUGGCCCUGCAAAAGUUUCAAGCCAUGCUGGAGGCUCAGGGGGUGCCGGCUCCUGUUGCCCGCAGUCUCUGCUCAGACCAGACUGACUACUUUCAACACAUGAGACCCGCAAACUACCAGACAGAGCUUACAGCAUCUGAUGAGGGUACCGUUUUGGACAUAGAUGGGAUGGCCAUUGCCCUGGUACUACACAAGUUAGGAGCAGGCCGUUCCAAAGCUGGUCAGCCAAUUAACCACAGUGUGGGAGCAGAGCUUCUGAUAGACCUAGGAAAAAAGAUAAAGAAAGGUCAGCCGUGGAUCAGAAUCCAUCAUGAUUGCACAACACUGAGCCCACAGUUACACUCUGACCUGCAGAAGGCUUUGCUCAUUGGCAGUGGAGACAGUGACCAGGCCAGCAGCCGGGUGACGGAGUUCAUCCUACCGCACUAACAUCCCUCCCACACAUUUUCUCUUAACCUGGUGGAAGCACAGCAGACUUUCCCAGAUAAAAUAAUUGUACAUGUUCUAUUUAUGUAUGUACAUCCUAUAUAAUUGCAUUAGGCAAUUUGAGACACAGCGUUAGCUGAAAAGUGCUCAAAAUUAGGCACAUUUUUACACAUAGAACAAAUAUUAUUAUAUUCAGCAGAUUUUGGUGCAUAACUAUUUAUAUGCUAAAUUUAACAUACUGGGGAAAAAUAUAAAAUACUACUGUAAAUAAACAAUUUAAUUUUUUAAUUUUCAAUUUGUAAAAACUCAUCAAAUAAAUAGUAAUUGUGUGUUAAAGUGUGCAUGCGUUUGUUACCUGUAAUGGAUGUAUAUUUUUAAAACAUCAAAAAAUCAACACUGUUGCAUAAGACUGUAUGUACUGGAAAUAGCUAGAAGGUCCUGGGUUCGAUCCCUUGCAUGUUCUACCCGUGUCUGCGUGGGUUUUUUCUCCGGGAGGUCCGGUUUCUUCCCACAGUCCAAAAACAUGCGGUCAGGUUAAUCGGAGACACUGAAUUGCUCUAUAGGUGAAUGGGUUUGUGUAUGUGUGUCUGCCCUGCGAUGGACUGGCAGGGUGUUACCGUGUGCCUUACUGUAAAGCUGUUGAGGUGUCGUUCCUUUUCUCCAAAUACCUCUAGAUGUCAGCAGAGGAUCUUAUAAGCUUUUUAAGCUUUUACAUUUCAUCCAGGCAAACGUUUUGUGCUCCCUAAAUAUAAAUAUAAUAUACACAAUAUAAGCAUCCAUGUUUUUGUAAACAUCUCUAUACUCUGUAACUACUAUAAACUCAUAUUUUAAAUAAAAAUUUUUAUUUACCUCA